UCCUUCACUAUAAAUAUUAUCCCCCCAUAUGCUAAGUUUUCAUGUGAAUCCUCAAGAAAUCACUUGAUCCCUCUUUGGCUAAUCCUUUUUAGCUUGUUUCUUUUAUAUGGGAAUGCUACAUUUGAUGGUUUUUUGGCUACUAGGAUCUGCCCUAGGGGCCUCCUUUUCAUGGGGUGUUCCCCUGAAUGUCAAUUUCCAAACACGGGUCCAAAGGGAAUGCAGCUUUACUCGUUACCCUAGCCUGUGUCAAAAUACCUUGAUGGAGUUGAAGGAUCAUCCUCUUCAUAUUAUAUCUGCUCUUGUUAACAAGACAAUUUCAGAGACCAAUCUGCCAAGCACCUACUUCCAAACACUCAGCUCCCAAUUGGAAAUCCAAGAUGCUCAACUUGCUAAAUCCUCCACAGAUUAUUGUGAAAAGCUCAUGAAGAUGUCACUGAAACAGCUAGACAGGUCGCUGUUGGCACUGAAGGAAUCUCCAAGAAAGAACAAGAACGACAUCCAAACCUGGCUAAGUGCAGCCCUGACCUUCCAACAAGCCUGCAAAGAUUCAACCGCCGGUGUUCUCAACUCCAAAAUUUCUAGCAAAAUGGAUUAUCUCUCCCAAUUGACCAGCAACCCUUUAGCUCUUGUCAACAGGAUUACUAGUAAUAAUGUUAAGCUUAAAAACAACACCAGAAGUAGACCUCUAGACGGGCAAGUAGAGGAUUUUCCCAAGUGGGUAUCGGCGAAAGAUCGAAAAAUCCUCCAGAGUGGCACCAUUAAGGCGAAUGCUGUGGUUGCAAAAGACGGAACAGGCAACUAUAAAACGAUUUCAGAAGCUAUCAAAGCUGCCGGUGGGGGUCGGUUUGUGAUUUAUGUGAAGUUAGGAGUUUACAAGGAGAAAAUUCGCACCAAUAAAGAUGGUAUUACCUUGAUAGGAGAUGGCAAGUACUCUACUAUCAUUGCUGGUGAUGACAGUGUAGCUGGAGGUUCCUCCAUGCCUGACUCUGCCACAUUCACAAUUACAGGCGAUGGAUUUAUAGCUCGUGACAUUGGAUUUCAGAACACUGCAGGACCUGGAGGAAAACAAGCGUUGGCUCUAUACAUCGCCUCUGAUCAUUCAGCUCUAUAUAGAUGCAGCAUCGCAGGCUACCAAGACACCUUAUAUGCACUUGCACUUCGUCAAUUCUACAGAGAAUGCGACAUUCAUGGCACCGUUGACUUCAUUUUCGGCAACGCAGCUGCUGUUUUCCAGAAUUGCUACUUGGUGCUUCGCCGGCCACAUGGGGGAGCCUACAAUGUAAUUCUAGCUCAUGGAAGGACAGACCCUGGACAGAGCACUGGAUUUUCUAUACAGAAUUGCAGGAUCGCAGCGAGCUCGGAUUUUUCUCCGAUUAAGCACAGCUUCAAUUCAUAUCUAGGAAGGCCCUGGAAGCAGUAUUCGAGAUCAGUGGUAAUGGAAUCGAGCAUAGAUGAUGCUAUUUCAUCGAGGGGUUGGGUCGAGUGGCCUGGUGCAGGAUCCUAUGCUAAAACACUCUACUUUGCAGAGUUCUCAAAUACAGGCCCUGGAGCAGGAACUUCCAGGAGGGUAAAUUGGCCUGGAUUUCAUGUAAUUGGAGUUGAAGAGGCUGUCAAGUUUACUGUUGGCAAUUUUAUUGCUGGAACAUCUUGGCUGCCUUCUACUGGAGUAACUUUUGUCUCUGGUCUCCACUGACAAUGUGUAAUAAUUUGGAUUAAAAGGACAUACAGAUUACAUACAGUCAGUGUGCGUGUUAUAUAGCAAUUUAUACACUGCAAGAUAUGGAGCAAUAGGGGAAGAGCCCAUAGGAGUAGACCUAUUAUCACUCAGGCUUGUAACAUAUUCUAUUAUCACUCAGGCUUGUAACAUAUUUGUAGUCCCUGAAAUUUGAAUCCUAUAAGAAUAAUGUAGGAUAUAUAUCUGUUUAAUUAA